UAGAAUUGUUCCAUAGCUUACAUCCUGUGAGACACGCCAAAUAACAUGGUGUGUCCGAGCGGCGUAAUCAAAACUCGUUGGACAUGGCAAGGUCUAUGAUGAGUCUUUCAGAGCUGCAAUCUAUGAUUAUUUGUUGUUGCGGGGUUGUCAUUUUGAAGAUACGUAGCCAGUCUUGCAGCUGCUAUUUGCUCGAACUUGUGGUGGAACGUAGCAUUUUGAGUCCAGCUUGACGAGGGUGGGUGCAUCGCUUACUACUAACAUUUUCUCCCGUUCAGAAUGUCAUUGUUCUGUAGUAUAAAAUAAAACUUUCAUUCUUGAGGUAUCACAGAAUCUAUGAUGCUCUGGCGCGAUUUAUUCAAGUGGAUAACAUACAUGACAUUACAUGAAGGGAGGUGAUAGAACGGCAUAAAUUACAAGAAGGGGGGCAAAUGGUUUAACAUAGGACCGAUAAGCACGAUGGUUACAGGCAUAACAUGCUGAGGAGCACGGAGAUUAAAACACACACGUAUAUAUAGUUUCAAGCGAGAUCUGAUUUGAUUAUUUAUUGCCGCACCAGGGUAGCAUGGUUACAUGGCCACCGUAAUCUUCUUUUCAUGGAUGUGUAGCACCGCGGCAAAAGGGGGGGAACGGGCAGCGGAAUCUAGGUGGAAGCCGCGGCUGUUGCUCCCCAACAUCAACACCUGCGGUGAGAGGUAAAUUUUGGAGGGGUUUCAAUCUUUGGGUUCUUCAUCGACCGAGUCCGAUGCCGGAGAAGGGAACUGAGCUCGCACAGUUAGUACCACCCUCCGUGGACGCCACUUCAUCUUUCUCCAAUAACGCAGGACCAAGGGACGGCAGCGACGACGCCCGCAUCCUCCGACUCUCGGAAAUCAUUGUCACCGAAAUGCGUGCUGCCGCCCUACCUCUCCCACCGGCACCACAGACGAUCUACCGUGUUCCGGAGCUACUCCUCGCCGCCGACAAGGGCGCGUACCAGCCGACGUUCAUGCCCCUCGGACCAUACCACCGCGGCGACUCCGACUCUGCCACGGAAGACAUGAGGCGCAGCCAAGCGGGCAAGCCACCGAACAUGGCCUUGGCCAUGGAAAUGGCCGGCGGUGGGCGGCCGGUGGCGGAAUUCAUCGAGGCCAUCGCGUCCAUGGAGUCGGAGGCCAGGAGCUGCUACGACGGCGACGUCGCCAUGGGAUGGGACGCCUUCUGCAUGAUGCUUUUGUUCGACGGCUUCCAGCUCAUCACAUUGCUCGGCUUUCUCGGCGUCUCCAAUGGCGAUGAGCCAACGGAAAAAACAGGCGGAGGCGACGCUGCUGGCGGCCCAACACCCAAGACAGGUCAUGUGACCAGUCUCCAACAUGACUUGAUGAUGCUGGAGAACCAGAUACCGUUCUUCGUCGUCCGGAAGAUGUACGCCUUGCUUCAUGCCGAUGCCGGAAGUGGCCCCAUUGUGAAGCUAGCGUGGGGAACCAUCAGCAAUAUCAUGGGUGGCCUCUGGCCGGCCUCAAAUCCUCCACCGCCAGAGUUCCAGCAUUUGGUGCAUCUCUGCCAUAUUUACCUCAAGCCAAGCAACCUCCAGGAGUCGCUAGGCCCAUGCGGCGACUAUGGAGGAAGAUUCCGACGUGCCACCGAGUAUUACGAAGCCGGCGUCAAGUUCAGGCGGCUUCACAAUGAACAAGCCCCCUUGCUGGACGUGAGCUUUCUGAACGGGGUGCUGAGGAUGGCUCGCCACAGGUUCGACGAGAAUACCAACUACAUCCUCCGCAACGUCCUCGCGUACGAGCAGAGCUACAUCCGGACGGCGACGAGCGGCUACGUGACGGCGUACGUGGUGUUCAUGUCGCAGCUCCUGGGCAGCCCCGAGGACGUGGCCCUGCUGUCGCGGCGCGGGGUCAUCGAGCACCACCUGGGCAACGACGCCGAGGUGUGCGACCUGUUCCGUCGCCUGGCGGAGGGGCUCGUCUUCGACCCGUCCAGCGAGCACUAUCUCAACGCCGUCGGGGUGAAGCUGGGGGAGCACUGCCGGUCCCGGCUCAACCGGUGGGGCGCCUGGGUCCUCAGGCACCGCCUUGCCAACCCCUGGCUCGCCGUCGCGUGGCUCUUCGGCGCCAUGGCCGUGCUGGGCACCAUCAUUCAGACCAUCAUUGCUGUCCUCGAAUAUGCCCAGCGCUAGAUACUAGUCCAUGGAUGCAUGCAUGCAUGCUUGUUGUAAUGGGGAGUAUUCUAUACUAUAAUGCAUAGUAUUACUCCCUCUGUUUCUAAAUAUUUGUCUUUCUAGACAUUUCAAAUGACUACUAUAUACGGAUGUAUGUAGACAUA